AAACCCAGAAAACCAUGGCUUCUUCUAAGCCGGUUCGGUUCGCUGCUUGCAUUCUAUGCCUUCUCUUCCUCACUCUCCCCUCUUCUUCUUCCUCUGAAUCGCUGAUUGACCAUUCUCUAGUUGUUGGAGAGAAUGCUACUUUGCAAGUCUCGAAUGGUGUGGCGGUGCGGAAUUCUCCCGGUGCUAAGCCUGGCAAUUUAGUGAUGUGUGGAAGAGUACAUGUCUUUGGAUUGUCAAGGCUUAAGAAUUUGGAGAGGUUUGCCGACACGGUGAGGGUGAAGAUAGAGAUAAAUUCGAGCUAUCGUGUGCGGCCUUUUGAGGUUUGCUUCCAUAGAAAUACAUCUCGCGGGAUAGGAAUGUGCCCUCACAGUCAGUGGGAAAAAGUUUCCAAGGGGUCCUGGUCUGGAUCCAUGUCACCUUAUGAGCACAAGAUCGUUGAUAUACGAACAGCUGCUUCAUCCUUGGAUAUUUUUGAGGUGUCCCUUGAAGAAGAAUUUUCUAUAUCUCGCCUGGUAUUUUUUGUAUCUGGUGUAAUCUUGAUGAGUUUGGCACCUUCUCUGAGCAAUUCACUGGUAUUCUAUUACGGCAGUGGAAUGGCAAUAGGGGUGGUCCUUGUAAUAUUGAUUGUCCUUUUUCAGGGGAUGAAGCUUCUCCCAACAGGUCGGAAGAAUUCGCUCGGAAUUUUUUUGUUUUCAUCUGUGAUUGGUUUAGGAUCUUUUCUCCUCAGCUACAUCCCGGGGCUAAUCCGAUCAGUACUCACAGAGCUUGGAAUCAGCGAAGAGAUGUAUAAUCCUUUGGUUAUAUUUCUUCUGGCUUUUAUUUUUCUGGCUGGAGCAUGGUUGGGAUUCUGGACAGUUCGUAAAAUGGCCCUGAGAGAAGAUGGAUCAAUUGAUUCUAGCACAUCUCUGUUUGUUUUGUGGACAAUCCGGUUCGUAGCCGUUCUUAUGCUUUCACAGAGUUCUAGUGAUCAGCUACUGGCAGCAGGAGCCAUAACAGUCCCUUUAGUCCCUUUUAUAGUGAUGAAAGUUGCUAUGGUGUUUGGAGUUGUACUCUCUUUUAUGAGGGAAAUAACUAUAGCAUUUGGAACAAUAGUCUCUUUUAUAGCAAGGACCAUUGCUAUAAUAGUUGGAGGCGUAUUCUCUUCAGUGCGGGAAAUCUUCAGAUGGAUUCGUCACCGUCGCAUGUACAGGAAAUUGUUGAAAUCACCCAAAAAGAAGAGCAGAAGAUCAGAGAUUCCUGAUUCUCCAUCUUCUGAAUAUGCACCUGAUGAGAUCAUCAACGAGUUUCAAAGCGAUGAAGACUAUAAGUUCCCGAGGCCUGGAUCGAGAAAUUCUACGCUGGCUUCAUGUUCUAGAAGUGCAUCACCAUCAGAAAGGUUAUACCCUUCUUAUAUCCACACUACACCCAAGAGGAGAGCAGUGUCAAGACAUGAGUGGGAAAGUUUCACCAGACAGACAACGGAGAAAGCCUUGGAAGAACUUGCUUCUUCUCCUGAUUUCGGCAAGUGGGUAGUUGCAAAUGCUGAUAGAAUCAGCAUCACCCCACUCAGCAGCAGAAAGACUGAUGAGCAGCGCCACAGGUGGUGGUUCUAGUGUCAAGCCUUGGCACUUGCUGUAAAUUCGUAGAUAGUUUUUGUUGUGCAACGGUAACAUGUAUGAUCAAUCUGAGCAGACCUAGAUGAUUUUUUAUGUAACUCAUCAAUGUAAUUUGUAAACAGGCCCAUCAGUUUAGGGCGCCAUUUUGGU